GCCAGAUACUGAGACUUUUCCUGUGCUUUUUCGCUCUUUUCGCCAUCAUUGACCUCCUGGACGCCAUAAUUUGAUCUGGAGGGUAUUUGUGACUCGUUCGGAAUAAAUCACUUCCUACACCGUACACAGAACACAGUGCGAAAGCCACGUUCUUGUGGUACGAGUACGUACUGGCGUCUGUUGGACCGGGGGUGGGCCUCGUUUCACACGCCCGUUGACUAUUGCAGUAUCCCAAGCCUCAGUCCGCACCUUGAACUUCCUUUCUUCCCUGGACCUCUCACCUCCCCCAUUAUUCCCUCUGAUUUCCCUUCAUCCACCGCUUUGGGCGCCAUUUGUGUGCCGACCAGAGAGGUUCAUCAGCUAUCUUUUCUCUUGUGCACUCUGUCGCCUACCAGAUUCCACUGUCACCGCUACGACAUCUCAAGCGCAGCCACCAUGCUCUAGCCCUCGACCAUGUCUUGACGGUAGAGCCGGAUGCUGUUGCAAUUGCCGUUGCGCAUCUUUUCUGCCAUCUCUUCUUGGUCUUAGGAUCAUCGCAAGUGCUCACACUCUUCAUCUGAAGUCUUGAUCUGUUUGCCACUCUCGAUCGAAGACCCAGCCGGAUAUCCUCCCUAAAGCCUCCUUUGCUCGAAGUGAACCCUGGAUGAGUCCUCCUGCGCCGACAGAGGUAUAAGAAGACAGUCACAUAUAUCAAAGCUAUUCCUGAAGAUGCAGGUCUCUAGCCUACUCUCCGCCGAGGAACACAAGAUGUCCAAGACAAGGAUGCCUCCUGCCAAGUCCAUCUCCUUCGAGCUCCUGCUGGACGAGGGCUCCAAAACCAGGGCAAGAAUUCCACUGCGGGUAGUGCUCAAUAGGCAUGACAGCACAGAGUCCAUCAUUACCACAGUCAAAAACUUCUAUGGCAUAUACGAUGGGAAUGGAGUUAGCUUCGAAGAUGCCUGGGGCAAUACUCUGAUUGCCUCAUUCGAAAACCUCGCCCAUAACUCUACCGUCUAUGUGCGCAUUGUGCCGGUUCCGCAGGCAGCUUCCAAUGUAUACCCACAUGGCUUACACACGGGCGAGAGCGGCUAUGAACCUAGACGUCGACCCAGUUUGGGCGAACCCUUUCAGAUGUUGCCACCUCACAUGCGCGAACAAUCCCACUCGCCAUCCAGGCCUGCGUCGAGAGUUGCUCGUAAGCGGAGCAUUUCUCCAACCCAAGGUAGAGGUCGUCGAAGUGCGUCGCAGCAGAAAGGGACUUCUUAUUCAGCUGCCAGUCGAGGAUCAAGCGCCACUGGAAGCUACCAUGAUGAGAACGGCUACAGCGACAGUGAGGCCGGGCGCAGCUCGGUCUCAGGAUCCAAGAGAGCUAGAAGCGAACAAUUUGCCAGCUCCGACAUCAGCACUGCUAACGUCCUCCAAGAUGGUCGACGUGGACAGCCCAUCUUUGACAGUUCGACCCUUCCUCUUUUUGUCCCUCCUCAGGUCCCAGUGACUGCAUCCCAAUCGUCCAUAUCACCUCAGCGACGUUCCCUCCCCCAGGAAGGCCCUUCGCCGUUACACCCUGCAAGUCAGAAGAUCUACGGACUGCAAAAUGUCCCAAUACUCUCUCCGCAAAGCUUUGGACCCAGCCCCCAUGGGUUUGGUGGCGGCGAUCGAGGAGCUGGCGCCGAUGCGGCAACACCUAUGCACCAGCAUGGUCACCGGCUGCGUGAUAGAUCUAGCAUGCAGCAAGCCCAUGGCGGGAGACAAGGAUAUAGUGGGAAUGGCGUCCUUCCGACACCGGACCCCACCGUCGCUAGUUGCAUUUCAGAUGAAGACGUGGCCCGCACACUGAUUGCCUUGGGCGACGCUUCCAACUACUCUCAUGGGCGUACCUCCAAUUCGACCAUGGACGAGACUUUCAGCGGUGUUGCCGAUGCAGCUUCCUCAACUGGUGCUACGAGCGAUAGCGACGAAUACAGCGAUGCCGAAGGUGGCCUUCCCAAGCACAGGAAGUAUCUUGACGACGAGGAUGAGGAAUAUGCUCAAGACAGCGCAAAAGGUGAACACGAGGAAUACGACGGUCAGCCCAAGACCAAGAAGAUCAGGACCAAGAUGCACGAUGGCCCGUCUAACGGAUAUCGACCCAAGUCGUCUGGGUUGAUGAAGCAUGGUAAAUCGUCCAAAGCUAGAUCCAACACUCUGCCAAAAAUUGCCAAACAUUCGACACAGCCUGGCCUCAUGAAGGCGCCGUCCGCACCGGCCUCUGCCGGACAGGUCAGGAAGACGUCUGGCUCAAGCCUCAACUUCCAGCACCAACUCGCUGCGGAUGAGGAAGACCUAUCGUCGAAGCCUCGAUGUCAGCGAUGCCGGAAGAGCAAGAAAGGCUGCGAUCGCCAACGGCCUUGCGGGCGAUGCAAAGAUGCCGGUAUUGGAAUUGAAGGUUGCAUCAGCGAAGACGAAGGAAACGGCCGGAAAGGGCGAUAUGGCCGGCACAUGGGAGUUCCGGUCAAGAAAGUCGCCGAGGACCUUCUCCUGGAAGAGUCUGACUCGAUCAUGGAUGCGGCGAACAUGUCAGCUGACGCCAUCGGGGUCCAUGGUAGUCCCGACAAGAACAAGAAGAGAAAGAGGUGAGCAAUAGCUACAAAGGGUGGCUCAGGUUGUGUCAAUGAAAGAGCCAAGGAAAGUUUUCAUCAAAGCCGAACAAGAACAAACGAACCAGAGGUACCAGGGAAUAGACUGGGAAUUCGGGGGUGAGAAAAAAUUGGAUCCAAGAAGGCCGCGAGGCCGUUGUGUGACGAGAUUGACGGACUGGCAAUGACGCGGCGAGUUGUUUUGGUCGUUUUGUAUUCGUGACUGUCAAAUGCCCCUUGACUCGACGGAGAGUUGAGCGAUGGUCGUGUUGAACAAACUGCAUCCGCUUUCCUUUUGUGUUGUCUUGUUGGUGGACGAAAUGGGCGCAUCUUUGUGAUCUAUUUUUUUUGAUGCAAGGAGACUAUCAGUUAACUGCCGGGCUCGGAAGAGCGUAUGAAUGUACGAAAUGAGAAGGGUCCUAUAUUUUGAAUGCUAUCAGGAAAUUUGACCGCC